AUGGAUCGACGACUACUAUCGGUCGGCAAGCUUGCAGAACGCGGACUCAAUGUAGAGUUCGAGCACACAUCAUGUAUCAUUUGGAACAAAAACCAAGCCACUGCCUCGGGGAAAAAGGUUGGCAAGGCCUACAUACUAGAAUGUCAGCAGGAAAAGGCGCAAUACGUGGAAUAUUCGGACGUCGAUAGCAAUUAUGAUCUUUGGUACGCUCGUAUGGGUCACUUGAACAAGGACGCGCUGGAAAAGACGCAGCGUGUGACGACUGGUAUUCCAAUUACCAUUUUCAAGACGAAGGCGUUAUGCAGUGGAUGA